GCAUGGUUAUGUGGACGGGCUGAAAUCAUUCAGUGGUCGCCAUGGCUAUGAUGGCCUGGUGGUUCUCUUGUCCAUCAGUGAUACACUUCAUCAUCCCUGCCAGCAGGUGGCUGUCUACUCAAACAACACAGAUAUCCUUAACCAGAUCUGCUGUGAGUUGGAAGAGUCUUCCAGUUGGUGUCUUUCUGGUGAACUGGAGACCAGGGAGAGUCUCCAGGUAUAUCACAUCCCUAUAAACACCUCCUUAUCUUCUGGUACUCCCCCUCUGCUGGUAGAAGAAAUACAGGGCCUCCUCAAGGACUUUGUUGACAGGCGAAGUUCUAUAUUAGCCUGCCACCCCAGCAGUAGGACCUCUUCCACUGAUGGAGUGGCAGGCAGCGUGGAGUUCUCCCAGGGAUCAUCUGGUAUCAAUGACAUGGAUGGUUCUGAUGUAGAGAGAGCUGACGGAGGCAGUGGAGAUGUGGUGGCAAUAGCAAGGGUGAUGGCUGAUGGCGAAGAGGACACAGGAGGUGUAGGAGUUGGUGCUGGCGGGGAGCUUGUGAGCCCUGACAGCGGUAUGACCACCAUCCGCAGCAGCCGUUCAUCCAAGGAAAGUUCAGUGUUCCUUAGUGAUGACAGCCCAGUUGGUGAGAUUAUAGCAGGAGGAGGGCCAGGUCCAGGUGGACUCUUCCUGAGAAACCCAUCUCCCCUGGGGUUAUCAUCCCUUUCUCCUCCUGUCCCCCCUGAGAGGAGGAAGCACCGCUCUAGCAGAAAUAAGAGUGACAACUUUGACCUGUUUAGUUUUGACCCACUACAUAGCAGUGACCACUCUAUGCCAACAGGAAGAGAAAUAGCAAUUUCUGGAGUAAGAGGAGAUGAAGGAGAAACAAGAGCAGAUAGCUCCAGCUUUUCAGAACUUGAAGAGCUCAGCUUGCUGGAUUUCUCUGCUCCCAAUUCAUUGGGUGGACUUGGAAGUAGAAAUUCUUCAAUUGACCAACGGGUUCAAAUCCAUGGGAAUGAAAUGAUUGACACUGUGGUUCCUCCAACGCCAGUCAACAGUGUAGUAGGUAGCCGCCCACCCAGCAGUUGUGGAGUCAGGUUCUUUCCAGAAGAUGUAGUUGAAAGGAUCAGUGGCCUGCAGCACAAGGACAGUGUGUCAUCAUCGUUGUCAGAGACCUGGGAUGAACUUGGCUUUGACACACUAGGAACAUUGUCCUCAAGUGAUAAUACUGCCUGGAAUAGGACCAAGGAACCUGAGAGUCCACAGAAAAUUGUGGAUGAAGUAAGAGGGAAUGAGUCAGUUGAUGAUAUGACAGAACGAGAAAGCACAGAAGAGAUCUUACAGUCAGGGAACACCCACCAGAGGGGAAAGACCCUUGAACCCCAGCUUAGCCUGAUCACUGAGCAAACUGAAUCAUAUGACAACUGGAACCCAGACUCUGUACUUAAGGAUCGAUGGAACCCUGUUACAUUGGCUUCUCUGCAAUUGACACCACCAGAGGAGGAAGUAACUGGAAAAUGCAUGGCUGGUAUCAUUGGAGCGAAAGAAAAAACAUCCUCAGUGUCGAGAAAGAAAGCAGUCCUAAACACUUUAACGCCAGACACAUCUAAAGAAGAGGAUGAAGGGGUACAAGGAAAAAAAGGAGACAGACAGAUGGAGCUCCUAGACUUCUGGACAUACUCAGCUCAGAAGGGAUUUCUCAAAUCAGAUAGCGGAACCACAACGUCUUACCCUGAAUCACUAGAUAUGUGGAAUAUGACAAUCCGAGAUGACAGUCUAUCACCUCUCACGACCCCUGACAACUUGUCUGAAACCUCAGCUUCUUUCAGUGGAGUGAACACCAAUGUUGGGGCUGGCACAUCUGUGGAAAGUCCACCAGGAUUCUCUGAUGGUGGAAUGGUGAUGUGGAACACCACCAUACAGGAAGACACCUCUUCCACAAUAACAAGCCCCGAAGGACCUGAAAAUGGAAAGGACCUCAGUCACAUGGGAUCAUUGGAUACCAGUGAUUCUCCUGAGACACAUGCUUACAAACAGGUGGACGAAGAAAAAGCUAUAGAUGAGGAGAGAGGUAUAAAUAAAGUGCUUAGUCAGACUCUUGAAGAAGUGGGGUGGAGAGGUAAUGAACAUAAUGUAAAAAUAGUCAUAGAGGAAGCUGAAGGUAGAACACAGGGUGCAGAAACAGGUGAUAGUGACAUCCAGAGUGUUGAGAGCCAACAGUCUGUCUUGCAGAACUUGGCACCUGAACAUUCAGAAGAUGAUUCUUCCUCCUACCAGGGUACUGACAUGUGGGACCUACCUGUCCCUGGCAUGGUCACCUCCACUUCAGAAUAUGACAAUGUAGGAGCUGGCACAUGGAGCCUGACAUCCUCCCCUGAGACCUAUGCUAGUCCCAUUGUAGACAUGAUACAGUUAGACGGGCAGUCUAGCCCUUUUGUAGAUGUGACAAAACCUAUUCAUAUAGACGAAAGGCAUGAUCAAUACCAGAAAGCUGAUCCUUUUGGAAAGACUGAAUACAGAACAGUAGUUUCAGACAAAGAACAGCCAGCCAACCAGGUGUUCCUAUUCGAAGGAACUAGUGAGUUGGGUCAAAUGAUCAGGAGUGGCGGAAGUUCAACUGAAAGUAGGUAUGACAAAAGUGAAGAAGGAUCAGAGGAAGUUGAUUGGAUAGAGCAACCAAAGGAUCAUUCCCCUUUUGAUCUGGUGGACUACUCCACUGUCACUCAGGCCACUUCAGCCAAUCAUCAUUCAAGAUCAGUAGAAGCUACUGAGACACAAAUACAGAAUGACCAAUCAUUAUCCGCAAGCCUUGACAACUGGGACAAUCUAGUUUACAAGAAUCACGAUGGCUCUGAAUCAACUUCAUCACAUGAUCUGCCAAUCACAAUGGCCCACAAUGAAGAUGAGCCUGUCACUGAAAGCCAAUAUGAUCCUAACAAUGGGAGCACUGGACGUGUGGAGGGUAGAACAACAGAAACCAUGUCUCUGAGCUCAAGCUCUGGAGGGGACAGAGACACAAUGAAGUAUAGCCCCGACAGCCUUCACCCAGGCAGUAGAGAUGAACUCAAGUCCAAUUCUGAUGGAGAUUCAUCAUCAGGCCUAGAAAUGGAAUACAUCAUUGUAUCUGGCACAGUAAAAGAAACUGAGAGAGAGUGGCACGAUAGACCUAAACAAGGUGACAGGCAAUCAAAAAGAACAAGAAAGUCCAUGGAGACAUUUAGCAUGCUUUCCUAUGCUGCCACAGUACUGCAAAGCCAGGCCCAAGCUGCACAUAGAGAGCAUCAGGAGAACACAGAACAAAGUACGCAAAACCAAAUGAUCAGAGGUACUGAUAGUGCACUUAGUGCAGAUACAGAGCAAAAGCAAGAUGUCUUAUCCACUCAUUACAAAACACAAAGUCCUGAUAGUGCCACUGACCAUCAUGUCGUGCCAGAAAUGAUCACUCCCAGCCAAUCAAAAAAUAAUUCUGAAGCUUUUCACAAGUCAGAUUCAAGACCAACAGGUUGCAGUCAAACACAGGUAGAAGGAUACUAUGAUGAUAAAUCAACCAUUGUGUCUAGAAGUGUUUCUCCAUCAUUAAGAUAUCCAUCAGAUCACUUCCUGAAAACCAGAGAGGAAGUAUAUGUUCAUUCACAGAUCUCAAUGGAAGAUUCAGAUGAGGGUGGGCAGUCACCCUCUGCACCUCCACCAUGUCCCACUUCUUUGAGCAACAUUCAAGUCUGGAGGGGUCAGUUAGCGAGGCAAGACACAUCUCAAACCACAUCUGAACCACAGUCUCCUGUACUUACCAACAGUUCGGUGUCCCGCACCAGCUCUUUGAUUGGUACCCCAUUAAGUGAAUCUGGAAUUUCUACCGAAAAAGGACUGGGAUUACCAUUUUCUGGAGAUUUAAUGGAAGAGGAGAAUGAUGAUGAAGAGCAGGAGGAGGAUACUGAUACAGAGCACACUACCCUGCCAAAAUAUACUUCAGAAGUGCAAAGUGAGAGGGAAGAAAGACAACAAUUGAGAUCUUCUGAUCUGUUAAGUUUCACAGAGGAACUGAUUGGAAGUUCUUCAUUUCAACAAACAGAUUUACAAUCACUUGAGCCAAAGAGGGACAAAUUCUUACAUAAUACAGCGGAUUACUAUGAUGAACAACCUAUUGGGACUGUUGAUUGUGAUAAUUGGUCAACUGAACAACAGAUUGGAGACCAUGAAGCUUCUCAAGAUAGCUAUUCACCCAUUUCAAGAAGACACCAAGAUGUGGCGUCACAGUUUUCCUCCCAGCCAACCAAUGAAAAUGCCGCAUACCAGUGGACAGGAAGUCAGAACGCAACUCAGGGUCAAACCCAAUAUGGCUACAACUACCACCACAUUGACCAAAGAACUGAAAACCAGAGCACCCACCCAGCCUGUGUAGAUGCUAAAUCCAACAACCAGCCAAACACCACAGAUGUCUAUGCUGAGUUUACAACUGAUACCACAGCUACACAUUACGGAUCUGAGCAGGCUGAGAGCUAUUAUGAACCUGGAGUUAAAGCCGAGUACAGCUUGGAUGAUCCAGGUUCCAGUUUUCAAUAUAUAGCUAAAAGCCGGUAUGGAGAUGACUCUAACUCCAUGUGCGCCUCUGAACUCCAGUGCUCUCAGUAUCAAGCUGAUGACCAGGGUCAGUAUGAAUCCGACCACACCCAUAACCAGCUUGAUGGGCAGCCAUUCUACCAAUCGCAUGCCCACCCUGAGAGGGAAGAUCAUGCGCGAUAUGUGCCGGAGGAAUAUGUUCACUUUCUCCUGGAAAGACACUCCCAACAGGGAGAAAGUGCGCCUGGGAUGAUGAUGAAAAUGGCCUCCAGUGAGGAAGCUGCUGAGGAGAUGGAUAACAGAGAAGAUCCACCCUCCUCUGUGGAUCUCUCAGGCGGCUCCAAUCAAAGGAGAAAGUUGGCAGCUCCACCAAUAAAUGUGUCACUGGACCGGAGUGAGGGGUCUCUUCUCUCAGAAGAUGCCCUGGACACAGAGGACGAGGCCUUGGAUACUGGUGAUGACCUGGAUCUGGACACACCUGAUGAGGCCGACUUACAUGAGGACUCAGAAGAGUCUAAUCUGGGUGCAGGAGCAGCAUCAAGUGAUGCUAUCGCAGAAGCAGCUGAGGAGAGCAGGGAUAGCAGGCUGUGGAGGAGCGUGGUGAUUGGAGAGCAGGAGCAUCGCAUUGAUAUGAAGUGCAUUGAGCCAUACAAAAGAGUCAUUUCUCAUGGAGGUUAUUACGCUCAACAGAAUGCCAUCAUCGUGUUUGCAGCAUGUUUCCUACCGGACAGCAACUGUGAUAAUUACAAUUAUGUAAUGGAAAACCUUUUCUUGUAUGUAAUAAGUACCUUGGAACUAAUGGUGGCAGAAGAUUACAUGAUUGUUUACCUGAAUGGUGCCACCCCUCGCAGGAGGAUGCCUGGCUUUACCUGGAUGAAAAAAUGCUAUCAAAUGAUAGACAGAAG